CAAAAAAAAAAAAAAGAAGAAGAAGAAGCAAAAACAGGAGUGUUUUCAGGAGGUUUUGGAGGCCAUCGCUGCUGUAAUUCCUUCUCACAAAUGGCAUCAGUGAAGCGUAAAAGAGAGUCAUCGCCAUCACCAUCUUCUUCUUCAACACGUCAGCCAAAAUACGAUGUAUUUCUUAGUUUUAGGGGUGAGGACACCCGUACUAAUUUUACUGACCAUCUAUAUGUUGCUUUGCAACGAAAGGGGAUUAUUACUUUUAGGGAUGAAGAAGAACUCAAGAAAGGAGAACGUAUUUCUGAGCUCUUCAAAGCAAUUGAAGAAUCACAGUUUGCUAUCAUCAUUCUCUCAAGAAACUAUGCAUCAUCUACGUGGUGCUUGGAUGAGCUUGCCAAGAUUAUCAAAUGCCAGGAUGAAAAGGGACUAAAAGUUUUGCCAGUUUUUUAUGAUGUGAGCCCAUCUGUUGUACGAAAGCAAACAGAAUCUUUUGAACAAGCCUUUAUUGAUCACCAGAAACGCUUUGAGGAUGACAUAGAAAAGGUGGAAACAUGGAGAGGUAAUUUAAAAAAAGUGGCUGAUAUCAAAGGUUGGGAUCUGCAUCUACAAAAUAGGCAUGAGUCUGAAAUUAUCCAACACAUUGUGAAAGGAAUUACGGAGAAAUUAAGUUCUAAAUCCUCAAGCAUUAACAAAAAUUUGAUAGGAAUAAAAUCUAUGGUGGCAGAAUUGAUCCCAUUGUAUUUAGGUUUUGGGAACGAUAUUUACAUGAUGGGGAUUUGUGGUAUGGGGGGUCUGGGAAAAACAACUCUUGCUAGUGCUAUAUAUUACGAGUAUUUUGAUCAUUUUGAAGGUUCUAGUUUUAUUGCCAAUGUUAGGGAAAGAUCAGAAAAAGGUGAACUGCAUGAAUUACAACAACAAUUGCUUGAUGAAAUUUUGGAGGGAAGUAAUAUAAAGAUCUACAAUGUUCAAGUAGGAGUUAAAAAAAUCAAGAGUAGUGGGUUACGUCAUAAAAAAGUUCUACUUGUCCUAGAUGAUGUUAAUCACAAGGACCAAUUAGAAAAAUUGGCUGGAGUGCACGAUUGGUUUGGAUUAGGUAGUUGGAUCAUCAUAACUACUAGAGAUGAACAUGUGUUAGUCGAUCUUGGAGUGCUUAAAAUAUAUAAGCCUAAUGGAUUAGAUGAUGAUGAUGCUUCAAAACUUUUUUGUUUGAAAGCCUUCAAAAAGGAGCAACCCGAAGAAGGUUAUAUGCAGCUCUCCCAGAAAGUUGUAGAAUAUGCUAGUGGCCUUCCAUUAGCUCUUGUUACUUUGGGUUCCUUUUUGGUUGGAAGAACAGUUGAAGAGUGGCAAAGUGCAUUGGACAGUUUUAAAAAUAUUAAAGGGGAUAUACAUGAUAUACUUAAAAUAAGUUAUGAUGGACUAGAGGAAAUGUGGAAGGAGAUAUUCUUAGAUAUUGCAUGUUUCUUUAGAGGGCAAAAGAAAGAUAAAGUAAUACAAAUAUUAGAGAAUUGUGGUUUUGAUGCAAGAAUUGGUGUAAGUGUUCUUGUGGAAAGAUCUCUCCUAACGGUGGAUUACCAAGGACGUUUUGGGAUGCAUGAUCUACUAUCAGAAAUGGGUCAAAAAAUUAUUCGUUUUGAAUCAGGUGGAAAGCUUGGAAGGCAAAGCCGGUUGUGGCUUGUUGAGGACUUGCUUCAUGUAUUGGAGAACGAUAUGGCAACAGAAGCAAUUCAAGCCAUAGUUGUCGAAGUUCGGAAUGAGUAUUUUGAAGAAUUUUCUGUGGGGUUUUCAAAGAUGUCUAAUCUUAGAUUGCUUAUAAUUGAUAAAGAGAGCAUUCCUAAUGACCAAGGACAUCUUGCUCUUCCUAAUAACUUAAGAUAUCUUUCGUGGAGGGACUGUGGUUUUAAAAGUUUGGCCUCCAGUCACAAACGAAUGGCGUUUGUUCAACUUGACUUGCAAUUUAGCAAAUUUGAAUAUCUUUGGAAAGGAGUAAUGCAUUCAGUCAACUUAAAGUUCAUUGAUCUUCGUUAUUCCUACAACCUUAUUAGGACACCUGACUUUUCAGGUGUUCCGAUACUUGAGGAAUUAAACCUUUGUUGGUGCCAUCGAUUGGUUGAGAUCCACCCAUCUAUUGGACAACUCAGCAAACUUAGCUCGUUUCCAAAAUUUACUGGAAUUAUGAAAAGCCUAUCGGAACUCAAUUUGGGUGGAACUGCUAUUAAGGAAGUACCAUCCUCAUCAAUCGAGUGUUUGACUACCCUUACUUUAUUAAAUCUAAGUUUCUGCCUCAAUCUCAAAUGUCUUCCAAGCAACAUGGAUAAUUUGAGGUCUCUUGAAACACUCUCUCUUUCCCGUUGCAAAAAACUAAAAUCUUUGCCAAGGCUUCCAUCAACUGUAAGAAAAAUAAAUGCUAAAGCUUGUUCUUCCCUAAAAUCUUUGCCAAGGCUUCCAUCAACUUUACGAUAUAUAAGUGUUCAAAAUUGUUCUUCCCUAAAAUGGAUACCAGGACGGGUCAAACUGAGUAUCUGGUCACAACCUCUCUCCCGAUGGCUUUCGUAUGAUGGGAGCGGCAGUCGAGUGGGAUCUACAAUAUUGUACUAUUUCCUACAGGGACUCCUUUGUCGUAAAGCCGUUUUGGAUGGAUUUAUUAUUCCGUCAUGUUUAGCUGAAAUAGAGAGGAAUUCAAUAAGCAUAGAGCUGCCUUCAAAUUGGUAUAAUAGUAAAUGGAAAGGAUUCGCUCUCUGGGCAUCACUAUCAGAUUUUAUAUCGAGGGCAGAUUAUACAGACUUUGAAGAUGGUAUUAGAGCUCAUGUGAUAGCCCUUGUUGAUAUGCCUCAGAAUCACUGUGCCUUUGAACUUUUUACUACAUGGAUACAUUGUGGGGUCAGUAUUUGCCUAUUGUAUUUGUCUAGUGAUGAUUGGUUUGCUACUGUUGGGAAUGAUGAAUGUAGUCAGAUUAAGGUUAUAUUUGAGACCAAUAAAAGAACCCUGUAUAUGAGGGAAUGUGGGGUCAGUUUGAUAUACAAGCAAGAUGUGGAAGAUUUCAACCAAACAAAUGCACAAUGUUUGAUUGAGAGAUUUGGGAAAGUCUCCAUUUAUAAAUUAACUGCUGGUGAUGAUGAUGAUGAUGAUGAUGUACAUAUGGUUGAUCGAUGAUGAUGAUGAUGAUGUACAUAUAAUCCGUGAUGAUGGACUUAUAUUUGGUGAUGAUGAUUUUGAUAAUGAUGAUAUAUAGAGUUGGUGAUGAUAAUGAUUGACAUGACUGCAAAAGAUGACACCUAAGUGUGUGUGUGGGAUGGCUGGUGCAUGAAGGGCUUUAUAUAGACAAGCCAAUGGGGCAGAGCUAUUCCUUCUGCGUAGGGAGUUCUUUCGCUUCACCGUUCCUACUGCUGGAAUGGUUUGCUUGAAAAUUACUUAUUUGUGCUACUAGCCUACUACAUACCACAUGCAUUUGGAGCCACAGCAGAGUUUGCUCUAAACGUGUUUCCUUACACCUGAACUUAUCUAAGCAUGGUAUACAGUUGUUUUGAAAAAGAAUGCAUCAAACACUUUGUAGCACUCAGGCUUCAAAUGAGUUGGGAGGUGGGAAUCCACAAGCAGCUAAAAUGACUUUCAAGAUUGUAAUAGUUCUUGUAGUUGCAGAGAUGGUUAUCAUAGGCAUGAUUCUCUUCUUUUGCCACUAUGUUUUCGGCUAUGCCUUCAGCAGUGAGAAGGAAUUUUUGGAUCAUGAUUUGUCUCUCAAUAAUCAUGGAUGGCUUACUAGCAGUACUUUCAGGGGUUGCUACUUGCUAGAGGAAGUGGCUGGUACCAUAUAGGAGCCUAUGUCAAUCUUGGGGCAUGUAAUCUGGUUGGGGUUCCAUUAGUCGUCGUUUGGGCCUUUGUUGUACACUGAAGAGGGAAAGGCCUGUAGAUUGGACUAUUGACAUUGUCUACUGUACAAGCAUUUCUAUUUCUACUUGCUCUUAAAACAAGUUUCACAAAUUGGCAAAGAAAAUUUAUUAUUGCCAAGAAAAAAAUCUCCCUUCCUUUA